AUGAAAGUCGCUUGCAUAGGUGUGCUUACUGUUUUGGUCAUCAUUCAGAUGACUAGUGCUGAACAGAUUCCUGAAAAGUUCUUUGGACGAUUUGUUUUGGAGAAGAGUGAGAACUUUGAUGAAUUCCUCUCCGCCAAAGGUGUUGGAUGGAUCUUAAGGAAGAUGAUUCAGUUGGCCAGUGUUACCAAAGUCAUUAGCAAGGGUACUUCGGAAGGAAGCUAUAACAUGGAAAACUUGACAUCGAAGAAGAAUACUAAAUACCAAGAUUGGGAACUAGGAAAAACUUUCGAAGCUGAGGGAUUCGACGGAAACAAGCAUAAGAUUACUUUUGAUUUCAAAAAUGAUACUUUGACUGAGCAUCACGUUCGCUUGAAUGAAGAUGGAAAAGGAAACGAAGCUGAGACUUAUUAUUUCACAAUUGAUGAGAACGAUAAACUUGUUUUGAAAAUGGAAAACAACAGCAUCGUCUGCAGACGUUGGUUCAAACGUGAUAAGAAGAACUGA